AUGGCAGAGGUCGACUAUCAGCUCGCUCUGCUACUGCAGCACAAAUUUGACCAAGAGAAAAAAGCCCAGGCAGACUUCCAACUUGCCAGAUCUCUGCAAGAACAAUUCGAGAAGGAAGUCAACCUCCAAAAGAAAUCUGAGGCCGACCUCGAACUAGCCAGGAGCCUACAGGAGCACUACCAGAAAGAAUACGAAGUGGAAUGCCCCUCUCAAAAUCUGGUGUACGACAAACCAGUGAACAAGCCCAAAAAUUCAGGGAAAUCCCUCACUGACCCAUCCUGGGAAGUGAUCGAUCCCACUCCGGACAUCCACGCUCUGUUCAUUGCUUUCAACCAGAGGUUUUUCUGGAACAAACUGGGAGCUGUGACUGUGAGCUGGAGCAAGAGAAUGACCACUUGUGCUGGCAUCUGCUCCUACCAAGGGGCUGGAGGAAUGUGCACCAUAACGCUCAGUGAGCCCCUGCUCAAGCUCAGACCAAGGAAAGAUUUGGUGGAAACUCUGCUGCAUGAGAUGAUUCAUGCUUAUCUGUUUGUGACACACAAUAACAGGGACAGAGAUGGACAUGGACCAGAGUUUCAUAAACACAUGUACAGGAUCAACUCUGAAGCAGGUACAAAUAUAACAGUUUACCACAACUUUCAUGAUGAAGUUAGAUUGUAUCAGCAGCACUGGUGGAGGUGUGAUGGUCCCUGUCAAAGCAGGAAGCCCUUCUUUGGAAUGGUUAAAAGGGCUAUGAAUAGACCACCAGGGCCUAAUGACAGAUGGUGGGGGGAGCAUUCAAGAAAUUGUGGUGGAAGUUUUAUAAAGGUGAAGGAGCCAGAAAAAACAGUGAAAACAGGCAAAUCUAAGCCAAUUGUAGAUCCUAAAAAAACUUCUGACAUCAGAAACUUUCUUCCUACUGAAAAAUCUAAAGAUCUGUCCAAACUUGCUUCUCCAAAUAGUCCUCAAAAUAUCAAAGCUACAUCAUUGUCCAAUAAAAUUCACACAAUCUCAAAUAAUGACAAUACAAAAACUGUUUCUAAUCCCAUUCCAAAAGCUGGAAAUAUUUUCGGUUUCACAAAUUUGGCAGGCCCAAAACCUGGCAGCAGUACCAAAGGUGCUGUCAAAAAUGCCAGCAACACCAUAGUGAUCAACAAAAAACCUAGUAUAACCAAAGUUGAAGCAAAACAGCCUGACUCUAAGGCUGGCCCUAGUACCUAUGUCAAAAAAGAUCCUCAACCUCCCACAAGAGCUCUGAGUGAACAGGAAUACUCUUCUGUCAGGAAUCACUGGCUCAACAAGUUUCCUGAUCAGUCUAGCACCAAAAAAAGAACCUUGAGCAUGAGCUCCCAAGCUGGCAACCCUGUUGAAAAAGCACCCAAGCUGUCAAGCUCUGCAGUAGAAUGCCCAGCUUGUUCCAAACAAAUCCAAGAUACUGAAUUGAAUGCUCAUCUGGAUGAAUGCCUGAAAGAAAGCAAGUUUGAAGAGUGCAUCAUCUGCCAGAAAAAAGUUGCUGCUGCAGACUAUGAACACCAUGUCAGCAAAUGCACAGAAGAAGCUUUCCGUGAUGAUGUUUUUGAGGAAGCAAAAGAAACUGUGAUCUGUGAUUGUGAGGGGAAAUUAGAGGAAGACAAGAAUUGUGAGGUCUGCCAAAAAACUGUUCCAGCAAAACAGUAUCCAGUACAUUUGGAGGCAUGCUUGAAUGGCAUGUAUGACAAUAUUGAAGCCCAAUUGAAUGGUCUUGCAGAGGACAAAGUGGAUUGUCUGGCUUGCAGUAAGAAAAUUCGGAAAUCCCAGUUGGACAAUCAUUUGGAGGAGUGUAUGAGUUUGAGUCAGAUUUUUGAUGAUGAAAAUGACCCUGUUGAAGGAGAAGUUGAGAAGGAGGACAACAGGUAUAAUUGUCCGUUUUGCAUGAAGUUGUUUAAAGAGCAGGAUAUGAGCGAGCAUAUUGAUGAAUGUUUGGGCAAGGAAAAUUCUUCACAUAUUUUUGAAUGA